GCAGAUUAAUAAUAAUAGCCAGAGCCUCCCUCCCCUCCAGUGGAGGUCAGCAGGAGCGUCAGACUGAGUGAGAGAGAGGGUACAGAUCAGUGGGAGCAGGACUGGAGCAGAGGAAGUAGGAGAAGAAGGAGGAGGAGGAGAGGUGGGAGGCAGAGCAGAAGCUGCUCCCAGGCAAACCGUAUUCGGCCCCGCUCAGGGUAAUAAUGAUUCACAAUGAAUCAGAGAGACCCCUUGAUACAUCUGUUUGCUGGCGGCUGUGGGGGGACAGUAGGAGCCAUUUUAACAUGCCCUUUGGAAGUAGUGAAAACCAGACUGCAAUCCUCAUCUGUCACUCUCUAUAUCCCAGAAGUUCACCUCAGUACAAUAAAUGGGGCUCGUGUGAGCCGAGUGGCUCGUGUUUCUCCUGGCCCUCUGCAUUGUUUAAAGAUGAUUCUGGAAAAGGAAGGUCCCCGUUCUCUCUUCAGAGGAUUGGGACCUAAUCUUGUAGGCGUUGCACCCUCUAGAGCGAUUUAUUUUGCUGCUUACUCCAGUUCUAAGGAAAAGUUGAAUGCUGUCCUGGAACCAGAUUCCAGCCAGGUGCAUAUGGUCUCAGCUGGAGUGGCAGGCUUUACGGCUAUUACAGCCACCAAUCCCAUUUGGCUAAUAAAGACACGCUUGCAACUGGAAGCACGGAACCGAGGUGAAAGGCGAAUGAAUGCUUUUGAAUGUGUGAGAAGAGUCUAUCACUCUGAUGGUAUCAGAGGCUUCUACAGAGGAAUGUCUGCUUCCUAUGCAGGCAUCUCUGAGACUGUGAUUCAUUUUGUAAUUUAUGAAAGCAUAAAGCAAAAACUGGUGCAAUCAAAGACCUCUUCAAAUAUGGAUGCUGAAGAAGAUUCUGUAAAAUAUGCUUCUGACUUUAUUGCCCUGAUGCUAGCUGCUGCAACAUCUAAAACAUGCGCCACCAGUAUAGCAUAUCCUCAUGAGGUCAUAAGAACUAGGCUACGAGAAGAAGGAACAAAAUACAGAUCGUUUUUUCAGACAUUUUCACUAGUAAUAUCUGAAGAAGGUUACAGAUCUCUCUAUCGUGGUCUUAUCACUCAUCUGGUCAGACAGAUUCCAAACACCGCUAUAAUGAUGGCCACCUAUGAGCUCGUAGUUUAUCUGCUCGAUGGAUAAUGAAAACGCUGAUUUAAUGUAAGAACAUGGAAGACCAAAGGAUUUGACUGGACCAGAAAACCCCAGACAGAUUUUAACUCUGAGAAAGAUGAGUCAAUGUGAAAAUUUAAUCUGCUGAAAACUUAAUCUACUGUUAAAUCUCAAUGUCUGAUUCCUGAAGAAAAUCUGCUCUGAUCCAGAGGCUGGCAUCGUCACCAUGGCAAUCACUUAAAAAGACAGAAUCACUUCUCUUGGCAGGGAACUGUUGAACAAAUCUAAAUUUUACAUUAUCUUAGUUCUCUGUUUCUUUAUGUACCAUAUUUCAUUAUUGCAUCAGUAUUAUGAUUUUUUUCCCCUAAAACUUUGGUAGUUUAAUACCUUUUUUAAUCGUAAGAACACAAUUCUUUACAGCCCCUUCGCUUAGGUAAAGCUAUGUGCAAAACCAAUCUACUGUUAUUACCAUGCACAUUUUUGCCAAUAAUAUUGGAAGCAGUCCAUAAUCAAUGGUAGUUGAUGCCCUCACCACAUAUUAUCAAUAGCAAUCUUUAUUGAUCAGAAAAUGAAAACUUAAAUGUUUUAAAUUCUUCAUUCAUUGUUCAAUAUUGAAAUCAUGGUGCUAGGGUUUAUUUUACAAAUUUUGAAUAAUGUCAAAAAUACAUCACUUCCAAUCUAACCUGGCCAAGAACUUCACUUGGAACUGCAGAAAUUGGUGGUCUUGUAAUUUCCCUAAAGGAAACACAGUUUCACAGAGUAACACUGAUGUAAGUCAGUUACUUUAAUACCCAACUAUGCAGAGAUCUAAUUGAACUUGAUAAGUGCUCCACUGAUGAUUAUAUACUUUUUAGAAUUGGUUUACUUGGCAUCUGAAAUAUGACAGUAAUGAAUGUAAAGCAAGAUAAUUUGAGAUUGAUUUGUUUAGUGUUCCCUUUAAAAUGUUGCAUGGACUUAUUGUGGGAUAUAUGUUGGCUGUAUUAAGAAUCGUUUAAGAAACAAAUCUGCUGUAAGAAUGAUUGCAUUAUAAGGUAAUCAGCCUAUAGAUACCUAUGAAAAGGAUGUUAAUGUUACAAAUGGAGCGGUUUGAAGAAAGAAAUGAAAUAUAAUGUAACAUAUACUGGAGUAAGUGCGAAUUUUAUGCUGAAGUGGGUGACUUUGCCUAGAAAAUUUCCUCAAGCACUUUGUGGCCUUUCUGCCUUGUGGAUUUUGUUUAUUCUGAUUCAUAAAUUGUAAAAUUUUAACAGAAAAUCUUUCACAAAAAGCCUGGUAGCCUAAUAUUGUUUCAGUUAAGAGUUGUGCAUUGUGCAUUAUGCAGUAUUAAUCGCUUCUGGCUCCAUACUCCAUUGUAUAAUUUGUAUUUUUGGUUUUUGUUAGUCCAGGACAUGAUUUAGCAUCUGCAACCUACGUUUUUGCAUUUGUUGAAACCUUAACAAAAUGUUUUUUUUUUUAUUUUGAAAUCUCAUUUUGCCUUGAGCUGUUUUCUCUGAUCAUGAUGUGGACCUUAAGAGACCGUGCCACGAUCUCUCUAUAUUUUGAUAGAUUACAGUUUUGUUUAUCCAAAUCUUUAUGGAUAAACAGGGCUGUUGAGCUGGGGACAGAAACUGUUAAACAUUUUUAAGUUCAAGAAAUAGAAGACUAAGUGCACUGUGUGCAGGUAAAAUUGAGAUAACUGAAGGAUAUGUGACAAUUUAUGUGCAACUUAGUGAAAACAUUUUUCAAUAUAGCUGAUGGAAUUAUGGGUGUGUUUGGCAAGUUGUACUGGAGCAGAAGAACUUUAUCAAUUUAGACAUCUGCACCUAUUUGUAAGUGUAAAUCUAUUUUCAAAAAUAUUAACCAUCCAGAAUCUCAAACGCACAAGACUCGUGUUGAGCUAUAUUGCCUAGGACUUAUUUUUUACAAAAUAUUUUAAUGGUUAUUUCUCAUUACUGAGUAUGUCGUAUCCUGGAAGAAUCUGGUUUGCACUAGGGCUGGGAUUAUGCAGCUUCUCUUUGUCUAGCCAUUAUUUUUAAUUUUACAACAAUACCAAUAAUUAUCUGAUCACUCAGAAUUUGAAAUCCUCAACUAUAUCUAGGGUCAAUAUGCCAAUUUAGUAAAAACUGAUACCUAGCAACAAUAUUGCUGUCCAAUUCCAGUCCUAAAGUAUGCUUGAUCCUUUUGUGUAGUGCAUCCUUGGAUGUAAAUAAUGUAUGUACGUACUCUGUACAAUAUCAUUAAUUCUUGAGUCCUUAUGUGCUUUGGAUGCUUUUGCAUUGCAAAGAAUUAAAACAGAAUAUUAGCAAACACUACUGCAAUUUCAUUAGUAUGCAGUAUAUAUGGUAUUCCAGUAUGCUUCAAAAUAUAGUAAAUUGUCUUUCACGCAUAAAUAUAUUUAACCAGCUAGAAGAGAACAUAUUUAUGCGUCCACACAAAUAUGCCUCUCAUCCAAUAUUGUUUCAGAUUCACCAAUAUUUGUAUGUUCAUUUUAAAGAACAGCUUGUAUUAACGUACAUGACUCAGAUUUAUCCACCUUAGUUUUAAUGUCCAUGAUUAUUGUUCCCAUAUUUGUAUAGAAUCAUAAUUCCUUCCUGUAUUAAUAGAUGUUGGUCUGAGUAAAAGAAUGUUAUGUGUGGGUUUAUUACUAAAUUUUGGUUAAUUUCAUUGGAAAUUUUUUUUGGUACUUUUGUCCAAAUAAUUGAAAUUGAAUGAUAAGGCAAUCCCAAAUGAAUUCUACUAUUGUGAGGAAUAAGCUAUUGUAUUUUUCUCAAUUAAUUUGAGGGAGAGAAGACCAGAUUAAGCUUAAAAGCUUUUGCUGAUAAAUUAAUAGUCAGAUACAGAUACAGUUUGUCUGAAGUUUUAUCUGUCCUUAGUACAGACUGUGAAAGAAACUAUGCAGUUUUUUGUACAGAUGUUGGAAAAAUCAAACUGGAGGGGGAAGGGGAGGUGGUGACUGCUCUUGUAAACUGAUUACCUAUUUGUUUUUGUCUUUUAAUGAGUUCCUUUGCCCAUAUCACUUGAGCAUUUCACAGAACAUUUUUCUGGAUAAAAGACAAUUAGCAGACCUGGUCAAUAUUUCACCUUCGCCCUCCAAAUCCCUUGCUUGAACGAGGUGAUUCAUGCCAGUAUAUGGCUUCGAGAUGUUUUGCUCCUCCUCUGACUUGCUCAAGUGCCCAUUCUUAGUCUCUUAGGUGUGGUUAGUGAGUUUGAGUGUAUUGAUGGUUCAAGGACCUAUUGCAUCACAGUUGAGCCUAAUCCUGACCUUGUUUGAUUCCUACAUAUAUAUAUAUAUGGUCAGUAGUGGGAAUUCCAGCUGAUUUUAUCCCUUCUAUUCCAGGACAGCUCUAGUGCUCUCACCACCAUCCCAGUUGAGUUGAACUAAAUUAACAGAUGGGGGAGCUCAAACCCAAGAUCCUCCUGGUCUAUUCAACCGUGUAGUCUAUUAUAUUCACAAAUUAUAUUCCUCCCAUUAAAGUACUAACAGUUUCUCCCUUUUUGAUAUAUAUAUCUGGGGCAUUCAACAAGAUUGGGCAUAAAAGUAACUAAAUUCGUAAGUUCUCAGUAAAGAUUUUUUUAAAAAAGACCUUGUAUCAUACAAUUUAGUUUACUUUUGCUGAAAUGGGGAACGAUGUUAAAUGUUGUACUCCCUUUAUUCACUUGAGGCUAAGCUGAUCGAGUGAUUCUUCAGUUCUGCAUGUGUUUUCUCCUCAUUUUUAAAGGUAAUCACUCUUUUAGUUUAUGAAUACACUUCAGCUGCCACUUCCAGGUUUCCUGUGUUAGGUAUAAUUUCAAAUGCUCUGAAUGCUAUUAAAUGUUUUGGGUAUAGGAUUAAUAUUUCUAUUAUUUACAGGAAGCUCCUACUGUAUGAGGUAAACAACUGAUCAUAUAUGCAGCUUGUAAAUGUUGAUUCAUAGCUUAUGUGCUUAAAAAGCUCUGAAUAUAAAUGGUAGUAAUAUGGGCAAGCCAUUAGGACACUUGAGUCUACAUAUUUAAAACUUUUACAAUUGUUCGAUUCAAGUUCUUUAAUCUAAUUGAAUAGAAUUAAUCUGUUAAUCAUACAUUUUGAUGGCCUUUUGUUCAAAAUAAGUUAUUGUUAGAACAUAACCAUUCAUUUAGUGACUAACCCAUUCAUAAAUGUUACUAAUGUCCACAAAUACAUGCUCUACAAAAUGUGAUUGCAUAAUCCAUUUUUGAAGUGCCCUUUUCGACAAAUUAAUGUUGAAACAAGCCAAGCAUUGAUUUUCUAGAGUAACUAUUACCACCUUAGUUACUUGAUCAUAAUAAUGAAAACAUGGGAAAUGUGGGUGGUGUAAAACUCAGUAACUUUGGGCAAACCAGUUCUCUACUGGCAGUCGGACGACCAACAUUUCAAUUCCAGUCUUGCUAAUCUCCAUAUGAUGAUUUUUCUUUACCUGUUCUUAGCCAGGCAACUAAGAUUAAAAGCUCCUGGGAAGUGGUUAAAUGCUCUAUUACAUGAGUUGCAAAAAUUAUUUGGACCUGUUGCUCAGAAGCAUGUUUCUUGUCAGCUGGUCAGAGCAGAGCACUGAAAGCAAUGAAAAAGUAUUAAUCGUUGAUCAUGCUUUCUGUUCCAACUGAAGAGAGAGGUAUAAGAGCUUUGGAUCGAAAGAAGGGAAGAUUAAAGUUUUUAUGCAUAUUUGACAAAAAAGGAGGAAGCUCAAGAGGCUGUAGCUCGUAUACUGUCAGUGUCCAAAACAGAUACAAGUUGUAAUGUAUGUAAGCAAGUGCAUAUAUAUUUUGAUUCGCCUAAUUUUUUUUCAUCUUUUGUAGCCCAGGCUUUAGAUACUGAUUUUCAAUAAAAUAUAAAUGAACUGCAAAUGCAUCAAACAACUUCAUAAAGACUGUAGUCUUUAGCAAACAUUCAAAUUGUUUACAGUUAAUUUUUUUCAGAUUUCUUUGCUUAACAUUUAUGGAUGGUUGCCUAGUUUUUUAAAAAUUGCUGUAAACAAACAAUAGAUAUGAUCAUGUGAUUGCACUGUGAAUUUUUACAAUGUUAACCAUCUCAUUGUGACUGUAUUGCAAAAGAAAAUUAUAUUACACUUGUUUAACGUUUUGCGGAGCAAAAGCAGUUUUAAUUUAAAGCUUACUGUAAUUUAGGUGACAUUUCUGUGAUGUGGACCUUCUUGGUUGUGCCCAAUAGCUGAAAGGCAUACUUUGUAUUGAGUAACAAACCUGCUUUUUUUAUAUAUGUUAAAAUGUUAGUUACACAUUAGAAAACAUUAGCAGAACACACGAGCCUAUAAUUAGUUUGAUUUGAACAUUAUUUCAAAUGAUGCUAAUUUCUGCACAAGACAAUGAAAACAUGGAUUCCAACAGGGACAAUUGUGGCAUAUAAAAUUGAGAGUUUAGAGAGCUCUUCUAUAGUACAAGAUCCUCCUUUUGUGUUCAUAGAAUUCACACGUCUGUCUACAUAUGUUAUACUUAGCAAACCUCUGAUAGUAAAGGCCAACGUCUAAUGAAUCCUCAUGGUUUGAUUUUCCCUUCCUCCUCCAUUUGUUUACAAUCACAAGACUGUAAAAUUUGAGGCAGCUUCUGACCAAUGGAUGGAAUUUUCUUGCUAUUGAUGGUUAUUUGCUGAUUCAUCUAUGAACCCUAAAAUGUUAUGACAUCAGUCUAUCAAUCAGCCAUCCGUCGCCCACCACAAAAAAAUUGUCACGUAGAAUAGAGGUGAAGUGUGUGUACUUGAGAUAUGCUCUGCUUUUCCAAAAUACAGUCCUUAAUAACAAAAAAGUUGAAUCCUACAAAUUGUGAAUGUUUCAUGUCUCAAUAUUUUUAGCCUUUUAUAAUUAUUUGUAUAAUAAAUCCCCUUAAGUUCUAAAUUAUCUUUAAUUCUGAAGUGAGGAAAUAGUCUCCCAAGCUCUCCAUGUGCAACUAUUGAAAGCCUUUAUUUGUCAACCAGUUACUCAAAUUUGAAAUGUAGGAAACCAUGAGGACAAUGUGACCCAAUGGAAGAGAUUAUUAUUAAUGUGGCACUCUAAUAAACUAACUCACAACAACUUUCUCUUUGCAUAUAUAGUUUUAGCAGUUACUAUUUUGUGCAUAUUUGUGUAUGUUGUGAAAUGUUAAUAAAGUUGAAAAUAGAUGCUUCAA